CGAAGAUGUUUGCUUGAAACCUUCUUGUUGCGAGUUCAAUUUCGGUGGUUUCGAUGACAAUGGAUUGAAUGAAGAUUACUCUCAGCCCUCAAUCGGACCGAGCAAUUAUCCGUUUUAUCAGGGAGAGUUGAUGGCGGUCCCUCAGCAUCAAUUUCAAAAUAACGAGCUCUAUAGCUUUCCUUAUGUCGAAGUCUACUUUGAAACACAAUGUUCUUUGAUGCAACUUCACGAGGACUUUGUGAGGGAAAAUACAAUUUGCGGAUAA